GUACAUGAUAUUAACCUGAAGCGGAAGCAACAAGGAGAAUUUCAUAAAUUGUACCCGGAACUUCGCAGAGAGGAGAACCGUUUCUAUACAUGUUACAAAAUGAAUUUUGAAAGUUUUGAUGAAAUUUUAGAUCUGAUAAAAAAUGACAUCACCAAACAACAAACAAAUUUUAGGGAACCAGUUGAUGCCACAGAACGACUAGCUGUUACUUUAAGAUUUUUAGCUACCGGUGAUUCAUACAAAACGAUUGGGCACAGCUUUCGGUUAGGAUUUUCAACCGUUGCAACUAUUGUGGAUGAAACAUCUGAAGCUAUAUGGAACCGGUUACAACCGAUUUAUUUGCCAGAGCCAACAGAAGAAAUAUGGGAAAAAUCAAUCCUAGGCUUCAAAAAUGUAUGGCAGUUCCCCAAUUGUUUAGGAAGCAUAGAUGGCAAACACGUGACCAUCAGAUGUCCCCAGAAGAGUGGAUCAAAUUACUUUUCCUAUUUAAAAAAUUUUUCCAUAGUUCUUAUGGCAAUUGUUGACCCAGAAUAUAAAUUUAUUUGUAUAGAUGUAGGUGGUUAUGGUAAAAAUAGUGACGGUGGUAUUUUUGAGACAUCGGCUAUGGGCAGAAAAUUUGCAAAUGAAACCAUGAAUAUACCACCCAACAGACCAUUAGCUAAUGAAAAUAAAGAGAUUACAUGUGUAUUAAUUGGCGAUGAAGCUUUUACACUAAGCCCUUACUUAAUGAGGCCAUUUCCUUAUAGACACGCACGAAAUGACAACAGCAAAGAGAGAUUUAAUUAUUAUCUAUGCAGAGCCCGACGCGUAAUGGAAAAUGCCUUUGGAAUAUUGGCACAUAAAUGGCGUCUAUUUUUUAGACCACUAGAAGUUAAAGUUCAAACAGCUACAAAACUUGUGAAGGCAGCAUGCGUAUUGCACAAUUUGCUGCGCACAAGAAACACUGACGAGCAAUUUUUGCAUUUACAAGAAAACUCUAAUAUUCCUUUACCAGUAGUUGAUAAUCUGGCGGUUGACGGAAGAAGAGCAGUAAACGAAGCUUUUGAAAUACGUGAAAAAUUGGUUACUUAUUUUAGUAAUUUAUAA